AGAAUGCAAAUUUUAAGAUCGAAACAAUUGUUGGGACUGCUUUUAAUCGGCAUUUCGUUAUUGCAACUGAGUGUUGCGACGGCGAAGGAUUCUGGCAGCGAUCGAAAAGAAUCAGAUGUGCCACAUGUGCGACACAAGAGAGGCUUCUUUUGGGACUUUUUUCAAAAGAUAGCCAUAACCAAAAACCUAAUUACCGAUCAAUAUGCAGACACACGGAAUACUUUAAAUGACAUCUACAAUACGGUGAACGAACAGUUUAGCGAUCCGGGGCCAAUGAAACCGACUUCUCAACCAAGAUCAACAACAGAAAGAGUGUCUUCCAGCGACGAAGAGGGCAACGAUCAGCCUUCAUCUACGACUGAGGGUUUCAGCAUUUCCCGCUAUGAACUCGGACGUAUUCUGGGUCGCAAUUUCCGUGGCAUCCAACGCUUGGCACAGACCGAAUUUCAAGAGGCGCUCAAUGCAACACACUAUAAUUUAAAAGAAUACAAAGCAGAGGCCGAUAAACAAUUUGCUAAUAGUUUGGCAGUGGAGAAGAAAAAAACUCUAAAAAGUCUAAAGGGCUGAAGGGCGAUUGACUCUUGAUUUUACUACCACUUCAACUAUUUUAUAAUCAUUGUGAUAUGUUGGAAAAUUAAUGCAUUACUUUUGUAAUUUAAGCUUAGUCUGUAUAGUUUUUUUACGUGUACAAAAUACAUUUUGUUUGGUGACGAAUAAA